AUGGAGAUGGACGGGCCCAAGUUGAUGCUCGGCCGGGCGCCCACGAACCCACGACGAGUCCUCACACAGGUGCUACGGGCGUACGAGGCCAUCGGUCGCGACCUCCGCGAGGACGCCGAGGACCUCUCGUGGUCGGAGCUCGCGGCCCACCUCGUCGCCAAGAUGGCGGUGAUCGCGAGCGUCGAGCUCUUUCUACAGCGCACGCUGCCGCCGUUCGUGCUCGAGCUCAGCGAAUGCAACGUGCUGCUUCUUCUCCUCGAGCUCGCGGCCGUGCUCUGGAUCGAUCACAUGGCGAGCGCCGACCACCACUGA